AUGGGUGUCCGACGGUGGACCCUUUUCAAGAACGAAGUUAUCGAGAAGGCGAAUGGAUCCGUCGUAGUCGUGAACAAAAUGCUGUUACAGACCAUGAUAGCCUUGCUGAGUGAAUGGCGACUCCCAGCUACGCAGUGGCCAAUGGUGCUACCCCUCUUCCAAGGUGCCCGCAACCACCGGCUAUCGAAUCGGCUUGGUGGCCAUGCUUCUGCGACGGCGUUUGGUGGAUUCGACGCAACCCCACCGUUGUCCGGGAUUGUCCAUCCGACGACCAAGGAAGUUCGGGACGUGGAUUGGUUCGACAAGUCCCGGAUCAAGCACGUUCAAGACCUGCGAACGCGCUAG